AUGACCAGUGGUGGUACAGAAUCAAUUUUGUUGGCGUGUAAAACAUAUAGAGAUUAUGCAGUACAUAUGAAAGGUAUAAAAAGUCCAGAAAUAAUCCUACCUGUAACAGCACAUUCCGCUUUUGAUAAAGCUGCUCAGUACUUAAAACUUAAAGUACGGUCUGUACCUGUCAAUGAACAUAGCUAUACUGUUUGUAUUAAGUCUAUGGAAAAAUUUAUUACAAAAAAUACAAUAAUGUUAGUAGGAUCAUCACCAAACUUCCCCUAUGGAACAAUGGAUAACAUUGAAGCAAUUUCUGACCUAGGAGUAAAGUACAAUAUUCCUGUUCACGUUGAUGCUUGCCUUGGUGGAUUUUUAAUUUGCUUCAUGCAAGAUGCAGGUUUUAAUGUACCACCUUUUGACUUUAGACUUCCUGGUGUUACAAGUAUAUCAACUGAUACACAUAAGUAUGCAUAUGCUCCAAAGGGUUCUUCACUUAUUCUAUACAGGAAUAAAAAAUUGAGACAUUGCCAGUACACCAUAACAACUGAUUGGCCUGGUGGUAUUUAUGGUUCCCCAACUGUAAGCGGUUCGAGAGCUGGUGGAAUUAUAGCAUCGUGUUGGGCUACAUUGAUGUAUUUUGGUUACAAUGAAUAUUUAGAAUCAACAAAGAAAAUUAUAGAAACUACCAAAUACAUUGAACAGAAAUUGAGAAACUUAGAUGGAAUUUUUAUUUUUGGUACACCAGCUACUUCAGUUAUUGCAUUGGGAUCAAAUGAUUUUCAUAUUUAUAAAUUAUUGGAAGCUCUAAAUGCAAAAGGAUGGCACUUAAAUACACUUCAAUUUCCUUAUGGCAUACAUCUUUGUAUUACAUAUGUUCACACACAAUUUGGUGUAGCAGAUCAAUUUUUAAGCGAUGUUGAAACUGAACUAAAUGUAAUCUUAAACAAGCCAAUGGCGCCUGUCGAAGGAAAGCUUGCUAUUUAUGGAAUGAGUCAAAGUAUACCAGACAGAAGUAUUGUUGGUGAUAUUGCAAAGUAUUUCUUAGAUUCUAUGUAUUAUACACCACAAAUUGAACAAAUUAGUAAUGGUCCAAAUAUCUAA